AAGAAUCGCAAUAAUUAUCGAGUUAUUAAUGAUAGAAAGCUGACAAAUGAGCGCGCGCCGAGAGAUAGAUGAUCGGAGGGGCGCGGAUUUACAUUUACUGUUUGACUCGACGACUCCUGGCAGAUAGUGUAUAUUUAACAAUUUAUAUAUCGUAUAUGAAAUUUGCAUUGUGAAAAAUAUGAUUGGAAUGAGAAUGAAUGCCUUUAAUGAUACUGGCCUCGGAGAACCUGAACAGGAUGCAAAUACAGCACUUAUAGAGCUCGAUAAAGGUUUACGUUCUGCAAAAACUGGGGAACAAUGUGAAGCUAUUGUACGUUUCCCUAGAUUAUUUGAAAAAUAUCCUUUUCCAAUAUUGAUAAACUCUUCUCUGUUGAAAUUGGCAGAAGUAUUUCGCACAGGGAGUAAUUUCCUAAGAGUAUGGGUUUUAAGUGUAUGUCAGCAGAGCGAAAAGCAUCUGGAUAAGAUUUUAAAUGUAGAUGAGUUUGUUAGACGUAUCUACAGUGUUAUACACUCAAAUGAUCCAGUUGCCAGAGCUCUAACACUACGUACAUUGGGUAGUGUAGCUGGUAUUAUCCCUGAAAGACAACAGGUACAUCAUAGCAUAAGAAGAUCCUUGGAUUCCCAUGAUUCUGUUGAGGUGGAAGCUGCCAUAUAUGCUGCUCAGAUGUUUGCAGCGCAAUCCAAAUUAUUUGCUGUAUCCAUGUGCAGUAAAAUUUCUGACAUGAUCAGAGGGCAGGCUACACCUGCAUCUAUGAAAUUGCAGCUCAUACCUAUUUUGCAGUAUAUGCAUCAUGAUAAUUUUACAGCAUCAAUGGUGAAUGAAUUAUGUAUGGAAUUACUUGCAAGCUAUCCAGCAGCUGACUUUGUUAAAACCACCUUAAGUGCGUUAAGUACACUAGCUUCCGCGACGCUGAUAGAUGUUCCACAACAAGUUGCAUUAUUAUUACGCUAUUUGCAAGAUGACCCAAGGCUAUCAGUCAAACGUCAUGCUUUACAUCUUUUACAUAGCUUAGCGAGAAGAGGAGCACAUCUUUGGCCACAAGGUGCUCUCAACAAUCUAAUAGAGAGUACCACGACGCUGUUGCAAGAUGGUACCAGAAAUACAGAUCUUCUCAUCCGUACUUUAGACGUAAUUGAGGUACUUAGCCAGAAUGUUGUAACAUGUGAUGCAAAUAUGGACGAGAAUAGUCCUUUAUUGCAAUUAUGUGUAAAUGCUUGUUACUCACCCGAUCUAUUUGUCGCAGUAAAAGCAAUUACUAUACUUACACGGAUUGCUUGUUACUGUUAUGAAGAGGAUUUGCCUGUUUAUGGCGUACAAGAUGUGACUUCUUGCCUCGAGUCUCUACUUGUAUCACUGGUUUUGGAUGACAAGCAUUUACGUCAGUUGAAGGCAUGCUUACGUUCGAUAGUGAAGCUAUGUCAGUCACAGCCUAGCCACUGCGCCGUGUUCGUAGAUGCUAUCGCUUCUGCUCUUGUCAACGCCAGCGCAGAAAAUGGCCAGAACGAGAAGCAAAUGGUUGUCCUGUGUGAAGCCUUAGGCGCCAUUGGUAGUUUAGGACAAAAUGUGCUGUUUUCACUUCUACCUGAUAUUUUGAUAAAACUUAAACAGAUCUCGCACGUUCAUACUAAAGUAAUGUUGUGUACAUUACUAUUUCAAAUGGUGGCUGAGGGAUACGAAUGGAAUUCUGAUUGCCUAGAGACAGUCAGGAACGUCGUAAAAAGCGUAGACGGUUGGGCUAAGUAUCGAAUAGCACGUAGCGCUGCGAGAUAUGGCCAUCAUGCGAUCGCCACUGAAAUAUUCAAAAAUUUGAAGGAAGCUGUAGCGUCAGAACAACUGCAUUUUUGGCUAUCUGGCUUAGAAUUAGUUACAAAAGCAGAAUGCUCCCUCACGGAAAAGAUAGAAGAUCAAGAGACCAGCAAAGUGCAGAUUGUGGAAAAAUUGAACAGAGCAAUAGCACGUUAUGCGAGCGCUUGCGCGUCUCUCAAAGCUGCCAGCACUCCGUUACGCAGUUUACAAUUUGCAAGUGAAUAUUCCAAAUUACGUUGCGAAUUUUUGCAAUCCAUAGUACAGUUGUUACACUCGUGCAUAUCUUUGUGCACUGCGCCACCACCUGCUAUAGCUGUUACGGUUGUCGACGCGACUAAGGACGAGCUUCAAAGAUACGGACGUGUUACGCAUCAGUUAAGAAAAUCUGCGCAGGAUUUGAAAGCUUGCGCAGAAAAUUACCAAAAGUUAUACCAGUCAGCUUUCGACGCCGACCCGGGAUCGUUGGCGAACAUUCGAGCAUUGCAAGAAAUAUGUCGAUUAAUGGCGACUAGCGUGGAACGAGUUUGCGGCGGACCUGAUGUGUCGGCCAUGUAUCUUCAGGACGGACAGGAAAUUAAUUCUCAUUUCGGCAAAACUGUGGAGAUGCGACAAUUGGGUCGAUGUUGCGAUGAGUUACGUCGUUUAGCGCCAUCCUUUAUGACGACUGAGGGUAAAGUCGGCGCAGUUAGUCAUCUGCGAAUUAAUCGUUUAAUAUUGCAAACGACUCUGCUAGCCGACGGGACGAUGCGGUUACCGAUGCCGCGUUACUUCUUCCAAGCUCUACAAGCCACUAGUGUGAAACUGUCAGUGUCGCCUCAACCACGUGUUCUUGGCGAACCUGUUUCCGUUCCACAGGGUAGUCAGUUAGCGCUCAAGGUCGAAGGGGUAUUGCGACAUGGUCGUCGAGCGUCUCUUUUCCGUUCCGUCGCUGCAGUGUGCAUCUCCAUUUCGACUACGCCACCCUCGAAGAUAAAUGUCGACCAGAAGGAUUCCAAUAUGAACGAACUGCAGCAAACGGUAAUACCUCAUCGCGACUUCUUUGCUUGUGAGUUUCUACUUUCUCUGGGAUGCCCUGGAUCUAUGGCUGCAACAUACCCGGUCUGUUCGGGAAAUACUGGCAGUAGCGGUGGUCAGUAUCAAAUUACAGCGAGUGCGAGUAUACUUGAUAAGGACGGCAAUGUGUGGAAAUGCGGUCCGCGUUCUACUCUUCCAGUUAGAGUGCAUGAAGAACCUGCGAAGAGAAAGUUGCCUUAA